UGCUGAUUAAUUAUAGUUGAAUUAAACAAGCUGCAUGCGACGCAUGUGUUGAGGCACGUUUGCAAUCAAGAAUUUUCUGGUCACUCUGGAAUUAUUGCCUAGAGUGGUGAGAAAAUCUAUGGGAACCACUGCAUUGUGAAUCAGUUUCGUCAAUGGUGACCCACAAUCGUGGAGUCGCUUAUAAAAACCAUCGGAGACCUCCCCUUGCCCAUUCUUCUACUAGUGUGUUGGUGCGACAGGAAAGAUAAGCCCAUAGGGAGUUCAAAUUGGAAUAUAUCCGCUGAGAGAGGUUUCGCGAAGGUGCGAAAUCCGAAAUUUCGGACCCCUUUCAUCAUCUGGAUCUCAUAAAAAGAAGAUCCCAUGCCACCUUCACCACACACGGCCAACGGGCCCUUGGUGGCUCCUCCCGAGGGCACAACAGAACCUCGUCUGCCCUCCAAAGAGGAACUGAAAAAGAAGGAAGCAGAAGAGCUCCUGGCCGACUACUCCGGCGAGAUUGUCUGGUUCAAUACCAUAGGAUUUGUAAUCUUGCACGUGCUCUUCUUCAUCGGCGGUGUCCGAUGUCUCGGCACCAUUUUCAACAUUUGCCCUCUCACGCAGUGGAAAACCAUGUUUUGGGCAUUUUUUGUCGGUUUCUUUAGCGCCGAGGGCGUGCUAAUCGGCGCGCAUAGAUUCUACUCACACAAAGCAUUCAAAGCCGACUGGCGGCUUAAAUCUCUCCUCCUCUUUUGGCAAACAGUUGCUGGACAGAACUGCAUGUAUAUUUGGGUGCGAGACCAUCGGCUGCACCACAAGUACAGCGACACGAACGCUGACCCUCACAACGCGCGCCGAGGUUUCUGGUACUCGCACAUUGGUUGGCUGGCCAUGAAAAAGCACCCUCUCAUCAAGAUCAAAGGAGCGACCAUUGACAUGAGUGACCUCGAGGCCGACCCCAUUCUUAUGUUCCAAAAAGAACACUACAAAAAGCUCUACGUUAUUUUCGCCAUUUUCCUGCCCGUGAUUGUUCCCAUCUACUUCUGGAAUGAGUACUGGCUUGACUCGCUCUUCACCGUUUACUUUGUGAGGAGCAUCAUUGUGCUUAACCUGACCUGGACAGUAAACAGCGCUGCCCAUUUGUGGGGAACUAAACCUUAUGACGAAACGAUCAUGCCUAGAGAGAACAAGUGGGUGGGUAUGUGGUCCUUUGGCGAGGGCUGGCACAACUACCAUCACGCCUUUCCCUGGGACUACAGGGCGGCCGAACUGGCCGUGCACUACAGCUGGACAACUCAGAUCAUCGAGUUUUUCGCUAGGAUUGGCUGGGCGUGGGAUCUGAAGUUUGCCUCAAAUGACAUGAUCCACCGCAGAAUAAAGAGGACCGGAGACGGAUCGGACAUACAUGGAUUCCACAAUAAGAAAGAGUGCCAUGACCACAUAGAGGAGGCCGAACCUCAUCCCGACGAGGUUGCCUCGAUUAACAACAACCCAGUUGUGACGACAAACGGAACUACUGCUCGGCACAGAGCUUGAUUAUGUAUUGAUAAAUUAUUAAUCAAUAAGAGUAAUAUUGGAAGUUGCAACUCUGCAAGAAUAUGGUGAUAUUAAUGUUUUGUAAAAUGCAACUUUGAGCUUAAUAAAUAAAGUCUUAUUCAAAAAUUA